CCCAACGGUCCAAGAGUUGCUCGCGAACUUCACGCCGGCAACCAUCGAGAGAGACGAGCUCUACAUGUGACCGCUUGCUCGUGGUGCUCAAUUAUCUUUUUCUUGUCAUCUAUUCCGCUUAAACGCGCUACACUCAUUGAGUGAAGGCUCAGGACGCUUCUCAUUUUUUUUUUUUGACCACACGUACUACAAUCGUAUAAACGCGCUAUCAUCAUCGAGCAGACAACAUGCGUAUCCUGUGAAUGGUAGUUGUAUGACGGGAACUCUAAACCGGCACAAAACGAAUCGGUCUCGGUCAUCGGAUGUUAAUCGAAGACUGCGACUAUGGGAAAAAGCUACGUUCGAUCUUGGUAGCGGCCCUUUUCGGGCUCGUUCACAGCCAAUACUUCCAGGAACCGAAAAAGAUCGUAAGCUACUCACAUGAUCUCGGUGAUACCCGCGGUCAUUAUUCAUUCUCUUACGAGACCGAGGGCGGCAUACUUCAACGAGAGAGUGGCAGCCGCAAAUAUGCCGGCACUUCCGACGAGACGCAACUCAUUCAGGGCUCCGUGCAAUACAACGCGCCGGACGGUACUCCCAUCGCCAUGAGCUGGACCGCCGAUGAAUUCGGCACCCAGGUAUCCGGCAGUCACAUCCCCACCCCGCCACCGAUCCCGCCGGCGAUUCAGCGUGCCCUUGAAUGGAUCGCCAAGCAGCCUACGACCCCGGAACCGAUAGAGAAGAACAAUCCAACGCAAAACGCGGUUCCUCGCAGCGACAAUCGUCAAUUUCGAUUAUCCUCAAAUAAACGAAACUGAAUGCGUGUGCUUGCACAAAGUACCGUUAAGUUCAUCUAAAAUUUUCUAUCCUUCCUGUUGCUUCACAUAGAUAAUACGCUUCCAAUAAAAAUUUGUACUUUUAUAGAAAUUUUCGUGGGUUAUGUUGUCGGUGGAGACAGAUUUUAUCUAUCGGUGAAAAUUUAUCCUUCCUCUACAUUCCCGUACUAAUUAAGGAGUGGUUCUAUCAAUAAUAGUGACUCAUUCUCAUAGUUGCUUUCUUGUAGUUUGCGCAUGAUCUCAUAAUCAGGUUAUAAAAUUUCGAUAUAUAAAGAGAUAAAUCUCUUCUUUUUGUUAUACAUGUGGUAUAGCAUAUUUGCCGUUGUCAUCUAGAAUUGAAGUGAAUGAUCUACAUCUGAGAUGUAACAUUCAAGCGUGUAUAAACAAUAAGUGAGUAUACACUGAGAUUACUUGAUAAGUGUGCUUCAUUUUUUACACGUACCUGCCUUUUCUCAAAAUGUUAAGUUUCGACGAACAAAGAACUUCGCUCAUUUUGGGCUCCUUGCGUAGAAUUGUAUUUCAGUUUGUAGAUAAUAAUAAUAGAAGUAUAAAAUUAAAAA